CAAGCACGAGUGGCUUGCAUGUUCAGAGGGGCCAAAGCCACUUGUGGCACACCCCUGAAGAUGCGAGCUUGAAACUAGCUGUCAUUUGAGGUGUCACAAGACCUGAAGUCUUACUUUCAAAAUGGCGUAUGGGCGCCAUCUUUGAUAAAAAAUCAAAUUGAAAGUGUGCCUUGUGGCACCUUAAAUGAAAGGUAUUUUCAUCGUCUCUUUGCUGCUGCUUUCUGUUUUGCAAUCGGUUAAGCGGUUGCAUAGAAAUGACGGAAACUUUACCUAGAAAUAGCUAUUUUGCGUCAUUUCUGCUCAAGGGCUACAUCGAUUUGAAAAAUUUAAUCGGCAGUGAAUAGAGGUUGAAACUAGCUUUCAUUUGAGGUGUCACAAGACCUCAAGUCUUACUUUCAAAAUGGCGUCUGGGCGCCAACUUUGAUUAGUUUUACCACUGAUAUUUACGAAAAGUACUUCUUAUCUACGCCACUGAUGACCCAAAAAAGUAAUUUCAGUAGAACACUGAACAGCCAGUAUUUUCGUAAAGAUGCCCGUAAAAACCCUCACUUAUUAGAACUUUUGAUCGUAAAAUAACAGUGGCAAUCACCGUGUAUGUUUGCUUAUGUUAUCUGCCCUCCAUGUGGCUCAGGAUGAUCAGAUUUCCCGCAGGUGGGGAAAAUUUCCCUUUCACCUAAACAGGCAAAGUGAAUUUAAAUGCGGUCACUUAAAGUAUUUUUACAGUAGUUUUAGCCUCAAAUAAUUCAAUUUGAAAUCGUCGCCUCCAAUUGUUUGAAUAUCAGGGCUAUUCGGCUUUUUAUCUCGAGCUUAUCUCCGCAUGAAUUAAUAGCAGGUGAACAGCAGGUGGGGGAGGAUGAUUUUUCCAUUGCACAGAUGAACAACAGAAUAUGGUCGGCGGAAACAGUCGGCACGACAAGCAGGAUGCCCUUUAAUUCGAUUGACCAAGCAAAAUUAAGUGCGUUUGUGAUCAGUGAUACGUAAUUGAGGAACGGCAUUCAUCUGAUUUGCCAUCGGCAAGCAUUUUUCCCUGUUAAUUAAAAACCUGCGGACAAUAAAUAUGGAUGAUAAGGAGGCUAUGAUAACAAUUAACGACUUGCCAUUAACCUUCAUGGUUAAAUAUUUAG